AUGCAGUUCAACAUCCUCGCCCUUACCAUUGCCGCCAUGGCCUCCGUCGCAGUUGCCACUGAGACUGUCACCGUCUACGCUUGCCCAAGUUCAACUGGUAUCUCCAGCUCUGCUCCCUCCUCUGGAUCUUCCGCUGGAGAAUCCUCUGGUAUCACCACCGGUGCUGGAUCUUCCUCUGGCGAAUCCUCCCCAUCCGGUGUUGCUGCACCCAGUGGAGUUGCUGCCCCAACUGCCUCCUCCGGUGUCGUUACCUCCCCAAGCGGAACCAGCUCGCCAAUUGCUUACGCUACUGGUGCUGCUGGUCACGUCCAAGUUUCCGCUUUCGGAAUGGUUGUUGUUGGUGCCGUUGCUCUUUUCAUCUAA